UCUCAAAAUUCUCUACAAAAGAGCAGUUAACAGCAGACAACCGUCCAGUGUGUGCAUUCUUUUGUGAUUUUAGUAUUAUUCAAUUAUUCUUUUUGUUAGGGUGUUAUGGUUUUCAAAUAAGUGAUUGAAGAUAAUUUGUACGGGUAGGUUUCAUCCAAGCUUUAGUAAAAUGCCAGACGAGAAAUUAAGUGUGAACUCUUCUAUGGGACGAAGUGUGAAUUAUCAAUCAACAAGCUCCUCAAGAGAGCCAAUUUGGACAAGGGUUGCAAAUGAUCCUUUAUCUGGAAGUUGUUCGGGAUACGAAUCAAAUGAAAGUUACGACAGGUCAUUAACGUCGUGUACCUCCUCAGAGCCAUGCAAGGGCAAGGGAUUGAACGUAUUCAAUGCAGCCGUAUUUGUAGCUGGAGAGAUGGCCGGCAGUGGGAUACUAGCAUUACCUAAGGCUGUGGUUGAUUGUGGUUGGAUAGGCCUGGUGCUUGUGGUGGUGUUCUGCCUGAAUGCGUGCUACGGAGGGUGUCGCCUGGGCAAGUGCUGGACCAUCCUGGAGGAGCGCUAUCCCGAGCACCGCGCAUCCAGUCGCAAUCCCUACUCCACCAUUGCCUACAGGGCUUACGGGAGGUGGUGCAGUCUACUAGUUUCUGGCUGCAUCCAAGUGACGCUGUUCGGGGCGGGUGUUGUGUACCUGCUGCUGGCUGCGCAAAUCUUCCAGGAGCUGUUGAGGACGAUUGUGCCCGAGAUAGGCUACUGCAUGUGGUUCCUCAUAUUCGCCGUCCUAACCAUACCUGUCAUGUGGCUCGGAUCGCCUAAGGAUUUCAGUUUCGCAGGAAUCGGUGCCCUGCUAACGACGAUUCUCUCGUGUUUCCUGAUAAUCGCGCAGAUCGCGACCGAGGGCCUGGAGCUGAAGCAUCCACCUCAGCAUGCGCCGCACACCUUCAAGGAGUUCUUCCUGGCGUUCGGCGUCAUCCUGUUCGCCUACGGCGGCGCCUCCACCUUCCCCACCAUCCAGAACGACAUGACGCACCGUGAAAAGUUCCCCAAGAGUGUCGCUAUCGGAUUUGCUGUGAUCUUCCUGCUGUACCUGCCGGUGUCGUUCGGCGGCUACUUUGUGUACGGCGACGCGGUCAACUCUAAUAUCCUGCUGUCGUUGCAACGUGGCCCCUUCGAGUUGGUGGCCAACAUCCUAAUGGCGAUGCAUCUCCUGUUGGCCUUCUUCAUUGUCGUCAACCCCGUAUCGCAGGAGAUCGAGGAGAUCUUCGACAUUCCUCAUUCAUUCUGUUGGAAGCGCUGCAUCAUCAGGACUCUCAUGGUUGUGGCGAUGAUUGUGGUUGGAGAAACCAUUCCCAAGUUCGGGAUGAUCCUAGCGCUGGUGGGAGGAUCCACUAUCACGCUCACCACAUUCGUACUGCCCUCUCUCCUCUACAUGAAGCUCUGUGAUCAGAAAUCGGUCGAUUGGCCUGACAGAUAUAUCCCACUAUACGAGCGAGUCUACAUGUGGGAGCUGAUUGUGAUUGGUCUGCUGGGAGGUGCAGCGUCCACUUACAGUGCGAUGACCGCCAUCUUUAGUGCCGAUGCACUAACAAAACCCUGCUAUUGGCCUGAUGUCAAAUAAAAUCAUUCUUCUCUCAAGUGUUUAUAAAUUCCACUAGGAAAUUGAGGAUCGUUCACAUGGUGUAAUCUCAAACUAAGUAUGAACUGAUUGUUGAUUGUAUCCAGCUAUUGCUUGAUACGCAGCAAAUUAUAACCAGCUAUUGCUUGAUACGUAACAAUUUGAUUGUUGUCUUCAGUUUAAAGCAUUGAUUUGAAAUUAUACUGUGCUAUCGGCCCUUAGAUUUCAAUAUUUCACGCUUUAAUAAGAUCCUGCCAAAGAGUUUCAAUGAUCUGAAAAUUCGAAGACUCUCAUUUUUCUUCAAUAUAUGGGGGUUGGCAUGAAUAUUGUUGUGAGAAUUUUCCAUAAUUGAAGAGACUUGAAAUGUUGUAAAAUAUUAUUUUUGUUUAAAAUAUAGUGAAUUUCGACAACAUUUCAAGUCUCUUCAAUAUAUGGGGGAAUCAGAGCUCUUUCAUUUCCAUUCCAAUGAAAUUUUUGUGUGAUAGAAUCGGACUUUAGGUUAGGUUUUAUGAGAUUUUGAAGCUCGGUUGCACUCAAGCCUGUUGAAUCUUAACUGUGAUUAAAAUCCACGAGAACCAUUCAGAAACGAGAUUUUUCGAUUGUUUAUCAUCGUGGCAUUUAUUUAUUAUUAAAAUUUAUUUGGCUUUUAUGCGACCGAGCCUAUUAGUUUUAUGAAAUGAGAAAAACUAACUGAAUGUAAAGGUGCGUACAGAUAUACGCGCCGCGAACAUGAGCAAUUCACUAUUUAUCAUCUGAUGCCAAGAUUUUUAUAUCUGUAUCUUACCGUUUCUGUAAAAAUACAGAUAUAAUCGCUGA